AUGAAGGAAGUGCUGAGAGAAGAAGUGAGAGGACAGGGAGAGGAGAUAAGGAGGGAAUUAGAAGACCUAAGAAAGAAAAUGGAGGAAAGGGAGGUAGAAUGGAGAAGAGAAAGAGAGGAAUUAAGAGAAAGAAUAGAAAGUCUGGAGGGAGAGGCUAGGAGAAGGAAAGAGAGUGAAACAGAUGAGGUAGGAAUAGAGCAAAAGGAGAAGGGAACAGAAGAAAGAAUGAAGGAAGUGGAGAGAAGGAUAGAAAUGAGGGAAAGAGAGGAGAGAAGGAGGAAUAUAAUAACAAGGGGCACAAAGAGAGGAGAAAGAGAAAUAUGGGAAAGGUUGAGGAAGAUAAUCAGAGAAUUAGGAAUAGAGAUGGAAGUUAAGGAGAUAAGAAAGAUGGGAAGGGGAAAGGAGACAGAAACAGAGAGAAGGAUAAUAAGAGUGGAGAGGAUAAAAGGGAAAAGAGAGAUAAUGAGAAGAAGGAAAGAAAUAAUGGAGAAGGGCAUAAAAGUGGAGGACGACCUAACAUGGAAAGAGAGGAAAAUGAGAUGGAAUCUAAAAGAGAUAGCAAGGGAAGAGAGGGGAAAAGGAAAAAACGUAUGGGUAAAAUAUGGAAGGAUACAGAUAAGGGGGAAAUGGUGGAAAUGGGAUGAGAAGGAGGAAAAAUUAAGGGACAAUGAAGAAGGAAUAAGAACAGAGAAGGAGGAAGGAGGGCUGUGGAAUAAGGAUAAGGAGUUCUGGGAGAGGAUAAGGGAAUGGGAUGUGGUCAUGAUGAUGGAGACAUGGUUGGAUGAGAAAGGAUGGGAAAAACUGAGAGGGCGAUUGCCGAAGGAAUUCAAAUGGAAGGCACAAACAGCGGAAAGGAGAAAUAAAAAAGGAAGAGCGUGUGGAGGGAUGUUGAUGGAAAUAAAGAAAGAACUAAGAAUAGUAGAAGAGGAAGAGUAG